UUAUAUUUUAAAAUGUCUGCUGGAACAUCCAGUGAAAAUACCGAAAGCAAAAGUGAAUCGAUGGACACAUCGGAGCCACAGACAAACACAGGAUCCACUCGAAGAGAUGAUGAAUCAAAGAAAUCGUCGAGGAAAAAUCCUGUCUGCAUUAUUGUCCUGGGUAUGGCUGGCUCUGGAAAAACAACUUUUGUUCAGAAAAUCGUGUCAACGUUGUAUGAGAAGGGAAAACCUUACGUUGUUAAUUUAGAUCCGGCUUGUAAGGAGGUGCCCUAUCCCACAAAUAUAGAUAUUCGGGAUACAGUGAAUUAUAAGGAAGUGAUGAAACAAUAUCGUCUGGGUCCUAACGGUGGUAUCGUCACAACCCUCAACCUGUUCUCCACGAAAUUCGACAAAGUCGUUGAUCUGAUUGAUAAAGCUGGGGAUGAGCAUGAGUACGUUGUGCUGGAUACACCUGGACAAAUCGAGGUGUUCACAUGGUCUGCCAGUGGGACGAUUAUCACUGAAGCCCUUGCCUCCCAGUUCCCAACGAUUGUUGUGUAUGUAUUGGAUACUGUGAGGAGUGUCAGUCCAGCUACAUUCAUGUCGAACAUGUUGUAUGCCUGCUCUAUUCUGUAUAAAACCAAAUUGCCCUUCAUUGUCGUCAUGAACAAGAUUGACAUUGUUGAACAUAGUUAUGCAGUCGAGUGGAUGCAGGAUUUCGAAGCAUUUCAAGAAGCUCUCGAUUCAGAGACAACGUACAUAAGUAAUUUAACAAGAUCUAUGGCACUGACUCUCGACGAAUUUUAUUCUCACCUAAAAAGUUGUGGGGUAUCUGCAAAAACUGGAGUGGGAAUACCGGAAUUCUUCAAACUAGUGGAAGAAGCUGUCCACGAAUAUGAAACAGUUUAUAGAACGGACUGGGAGAAACUGAGGGCUGAGCGAGCCUCAGAGAUUGAUAACCGAAAAUCAAAAAUAAACGAAGCGGUAUCUAACGCCCAAACAGCUGGAAUAACCACAGUCUCCAGUGGACAGGAUAUCGCUGAUGUCUACCUCAAAGCCGCUGGUGAUGAUUCCAGUCCAGAUGAGGACGAGGAGGUCCCAGAGGAUUUAGAUGACGAAGACAGGACAGCUGAGUCAUUCAAACAAUUCCUAAAUCGACAUAAACAAGAGCAAAUUAAACGUGCGGAGAGACAAAAAACUGACGCCGACUCAGCUCAAGGCUCAUAACAAUGGAAAUAGUUCUAAAUUAUGAAAAGACGAGGGAAAUUAAUUUUUUAUUGAUUAAAAUAUAUUUUUUUCUUUUA